AUGUCCUUUCCCCUCCACCGCAACCCUCCUUUUCGCGCCGAACACCUCGGCUCUCUCAAACGCCCCCAAUACCUCCUAGACGCGCGCUACAAAAACGCUGAACCUUUAUCCUCCCUCAAGCCACUCGAAGACAAAGCCAUCACCGACAUCGUCCAAACCCAAGUCUCUCUCGGCUUCCGCGGGAUAUCGGAUGGCGAAUACCGCCGCCACAUGUUCUGGGGAACCUUCUUCCCCUCCCUCUUGGGCAUGAAAGAAGUCCAGAACCCGCCUUUCGAGACUUUUCGAACCUAUGUACCGGACAUUGCCGCGUUCAUGGAAACAGGGCACAAGCCAGGGGAGUCUGUAUACUGUGUUGGCAAAAUACAGCAUACGGGACAGUCGACGUAUAUUGACCAGUUCGAGUUUUUGAAGACGUUGGUGUCGAAGGAGAGGUGGGGGGAGAUUAAGCUGACGCUCGCGGCGCCGAAUUGGUAUCAUUUGCGAUAUGUGGAUGGGAAGGCUUACCCGAAAGAUGUGUAUCAGAAUGAUAGAGCGUAUUUCGGGGAUGUGGCGAAGGCGUACCAGGUUGAGUUGGAUAUACUAUAUAAAGCCGGGCUGAGGAAUGUGCAAUUUGAUGAUCCGAAUUUGGCUUGUGAGUAUCAGCGUCAAAUUGUACCUUGCUUGCCUGCGCCAGAAGAUGAAUAUUUCUGCUCGGAGAAAAUGAGGGAGGGGUGGAAGAAUGACAAGAAUAACACAGUGACUGUGGACGAACUGUUUGACAUGUACAUCGACUUGUACAAUGACUGCAUCUCCAAGAUUCCUGCUGACAUGCAUAUCGGAGUGCAUUUAUGUAGAGGCAAUUUCGUCAACUCCCGCCACUUCUCCGAAGGCGGCUACGACGCCAUCGCUACGCGCCUCUUCACGCGUCUCAAUGUCCACACGUACUAUCUCGAAUACGACACCCCACGUGCCGGAGGCUUCGAACCGCUAUCCUCGCUCCCCGCAAAUAAAAAUGUCAUUCUCGGCGUUAUCACCUCAAAAUUCCCCGAACUAGAGGACAAGGAGGAGAUGAAAGCUAGGAUCUACCAGGCGGCAGAUAUUGUGGCGAAAGGCGCGGGGGAAAGUAGGGAGCAGGCGUUGAAGAGGAUGGGUGUGAGUCCGCAGUGUGGUUUUGCGAGUCAUGCUGAGGGGAAUUUGAUUGAUAUUGAGGGUAUGAAGAGGAAGUUGAGGUUGGUGAGAGAAAUUGCUGAUGAGGUGUGGCCGGGGGAGCCUUGAAUGAGAGCAGAGAGAAAGGAGAUGGGAGUUGGGGGUACGGCGGGGAAAAACUUCUUCUGCUUGGGAUAUUGGUAUAUGUGGUAAGCUAGGUUUCCGGAAACGUAAAACGUGGAAAGUGAUUGCAUCGCUCUCGUGCUGCGUAGUGGAAAAAAACGAGGUUGGGCUCUCUGCUGGGGUUAUUUUCUCCUUCAUUUCCAGAAGAAAAAAACAUGCCUUGCUUGUUUCCGCAGGGUAUACAAUCGGGAAAGCCAUAUUUGUGUUUGGCAGCGCUCGUAGCUUAUUUCGAGGAACAGAUAUGUCAUUGAAUCCUCAGCUAAAGAUGUCCCCAUCCACCAUAAACCCUCGAAAAGUCUAUCUCCACCAUGAAGACAGAGAAUUCGAGGAUUUGCACCACCUCUAAAAU